GAGCGAGCCCAAGAAGAAGACCAACUAGGCCAGAGAUACAGAUACAUAUAUAUGUAUGUAUAUAUAUUAUAUAGAUAGAUAUAGAGAGAGAAAUUGAAAAAUCGAAACCCUAGAUUUUGAAAAACUUACAGACAGACGAGGGAGGGAAGGAGUUAACUGACGAAAAUACAAAAUCGAUGGAGGAUGCAAAGAAAUCAAUUGACUGGACGACGCGGGAGGAAUUACUACUAGCAUGUGCGGUAGAACGCUACGGAAGAAGAGAUUGGAAAACCGUCGCCAUGGAAAUCCAGGUUCGAAGUUCUCUUCCUAUCAAUCUACUAUCAUCUGAAGCCUGUAAGUCCAAAUUCCAUGACCUCAAUCGACGGUUUAUGGACGAUUCUAACGAAGAAGAAGAAGAAGACGACGUUGUUGUCAUUUCCUGGCUAGAGAAGCUUCGGAAACUGAGAGUUCUUGAGCUCAAGGAACAAGUUCAUCAAUCCGAUCUUUCGAUCCAGAGAUUGCAGUUAGAGGUGAAGAGAUUGGAAGAAGAUGAGAACGAUAUAAGCGGAGAUCACGACGUGAAGAAUCUAGAUCUGACUGAAACAGAAUCGCCGUCGCCGUCGCAAAAGGUAUCCGUCGCCGCCGCUAACAACCGCCAUUCGAAUUCGUCGGAUUUUAUCGAUGAUAGUUCGGCGACAAUUGGACAAUAUGAUGGAAAUAAACGGAGAUUGAAUCAGGAAGAUGAGAAGAGAGUUAACUCAGCUGAGUUAUCGAUUCAAACCACUGAGUUCGAGUUAAGAAAAACGGUGACGACGACGACGACGACGACAGUAUCUCCGGCGACCAGCGACGGGAAGAUGGAGAUUAGAUCUCAGCCGUUGGUUGAGUUAUUAGACGUUAUCAGGUCGCAUAAACAGAUUCGUAUGAUAGAACGCCGGCAGGUGAGUCAGGACAAGGUGGUCCGGCAGCACGUGGAUCUUGAGAGUAUUAGAUCAAGGAUUGACGACGGUUCUUAUUCAACAAACGUGAAGAAAUUCUACCGCGACCUUCUUCUCUUUUUCACCAAUGCAAUCGUAUCUUUUCCGAAAACCUCGUCGGAAUCCGCCGCUUCUUACAUACUUCGCGAUCUAGUCUUAAAACAUCUCAAGGAUAACAACAACCCAUCAGUACCUAAACCUCCCUUACCGGAAGCCAAGAAGGAACCUUCUGUUGCGCCGGUUGUGGUCGUUUGUCGAAGACGAAGUUCGGUUCUUGCCAAGAAAGAAAACGUGGAGGAUAAAAGAAAAUCUACAACUCCGGCUCCGAUAAUAACAAAAGAGAAGAACAAACAAGUUAAUAUCAUUAGCAGUGUGAAGAGCUUGAAGAGAGGGAUGAAUACCCAAAAUGAUAAACCGAUAUUGGAAAAGAAGAAAAGAUCCGGCGACGUCGAUAAUCGUAAUAAGAAGAAAGGGGUUGUUGAGUUUCUGAAGAGGAUAGUAAGCAAGAGUCCGCCGGAGAAACCAAAGGGCCGGAAGAAAGAGGUGGAGGAGGAGAAGAAGAAAAGUGGGUCAAAGGGAGGAAAGAAGUCGCCGGAGAGAAUUGUAAGUGGGAAAAGAAAGAGAGGUAAAGAAGAGGCGCCAUUGAGAAUAGCAAAGAAACUGGCCAAGAAAUGACUCCGACAAACACUAAACGGUAAAAAUCGAUUCUUUCUUUCAUCCUCUCUUUACCCCUUUUUUCUUUCUUUUUUUUUUUGGGGUUGUGUAAAUCAAUUACUCGUAGAAGUAGAAACUAAAAUGUAGUAAAAAUGUAAACUUGAAGUAACAUUUAACAUUACAAGCUUUUGUUCCAUA